AUAGUUUGCCUGCUGUGCGCACACGCACUCACGGUUUUCACGGUGCGUUGUGUGAGGAAGUCUGUGGAGUUUCACAAUUGGAAAAUAGAAAUACAAACUUUUCAUUAGAAGCAGAAUGUGGUCUAUAGUGAGAGAUCUAACGAGCGUUUUCAGUGUUUAACCUGAUCCCUAACCCCUAGUUCCAGUAUUAAGAUUUUCAAGUCAGAUUCCCAGCCCGCAAAAGGCCAGCUGAAGUGGUGGGCCUGGCGGACUACAGAGGCAGGAGGGAAAAGUGCAAUGAGGAUUUGUUGGCUUGUGAGUAAAGACAGAAGACAUCAACCAAUACGCCUUGCACACUCAACAUGUGUGCUUAUUGGACGGAGUCCAGAGACCAAAAUUACAGAUAAAAAAUGUUCACGGCAUCAAGUACAGCUCAAAGCAGACUACAAUAAAGGACAUGUUCUUGUAAAACAGUUAGGGAUAAAUCCAAGCAACAUCAAUUCAGAAGAUGUGGGAAAAGACAGGGAAGUAAAGUUGAAGCCGGGACAAAUUCUUCACAUCGUCAAUCAGCUGUAUCCAUACACCAUAGAGUUUGGAGAAAACAUUUCAGAACUGUCAUCAAAGAGACCGCAUGAAGAAAUUUCUCCUAACAGUGACUCUAGCACAUUGAACAAAUAUCUGAAGACUGAUCACUUGAGUCCAAGGGAGCACAGCCCAUGUAAUCAUAAACCCGAAAGGAAGAAAGAGAAGACGAAGGAAGGACAAACAAGGACUGUCGUGAACAGCGCAGAAGUAACAGAAAAAAAGGAUUUUCAGGGAAUGUGGAAGCAAGGACUAAUAUAUUCCAUGCAGGAUCCAACGUGCCAGGUAUAUAAAGAUGACACUGUUGUAGCAAUGAAGGAUAAAUAUCCGAAGGCUCGUUUUCAUUGGCUGGUUUUACCGUGGGAACCUGUCCCCAGUCUAAAGGCUGUAAGAAGGGAUCACUUAAAUUUGCUGCAACACAUGAAUGAUGUUGGAGAAAAGCUGGCGCAAGAGAGUCUGGAUUCCAAAGCAGUAAAAUUUCGAUUGGGUUACCAUGCUAUUCCCAGCAUGAGCCACUUGCAUCUCCAUGUUAUUAGUCAGGAUUUUGAUUCCCCCAGCUUGAGAACGAAAAAGCAUUGGAAUUCAUUUAAUACAGAUUAUUUCCUGGAAUCCCAAGAUGUGAUGAAGAUGGUGGAACAGAAUGGAAAGAUAACUGUCAAGGAAGGAAUAUCUGAGUUGUUAAAAAUGCCACUAAUGUGCCAUGUCUGCCAACAGCAAUUAUCUGCCAUUCCACAAUUGAAAGUGCAUUUGAAAAACCAUUUCCCCUAAAGUUUAGCAAUUUAAUUGUGACCAUUCACUGUUCCAAUAUCAUUCACUUGCCUAUUAUUAAGAAGCAUUCUGGUGAACUUCUCCAACAAUGUGUGUGCCAAGGAAACACUUCAGCGUCGCAUAUUUGGCUGUUGGCUAUGCUUGAGUUGGUAGCAAACCUGCCUCUGGGUCAGGAGGUUGUGGGUAUAUAUCCCACAGUCCAAAGACUUGAGCUCAAACAUUAAAGUUAACCCUCAAAUCAAUUACUGCUAUACUAAAAAGUACAGUUUUUGGGAUAAGACAUUAAACUGUGGCCUUGUCUGGGUGCUACAAUGUAUGUAAGAUGUUCCAUAUUAUUAUUUAAACAGAUUAUGUGAUCAAUAAUAGAAAUGUUUUGUGGGAAGUGUUAUAUACAUAUUAGUUGUAGCUGGAAAGCAUUUUGAGGUGCCUAAAGAUUGUUAAAGACACUACACCAAUGUAAGUAUUUUACAAAGCGUUUGAUGGCCAAUUAUAUUAUCUUGCUGGAAGGUCUCAGCAGGUCAGGCAGCAUCUGUGAAGUGAAAAAUUCAGAUGACUUUUCGGGCACGGACCCUUCUUUAGGAUUUAAUUUCCCUCCACAGAUUCAGAUGGGAAAUUGUUUUCCAGUGGGGGCUUUUUCAACUGUUAACUUGCAAUAUUACAUUCUGGAUUUACAGCUAACAUAAUGGUCUGGGUAUUGAAGUCAACCAUGCAAAGAUGGGUAUUACAUUACAUUUUCCAUUUAUUAUAGUACUGAUAACCUGACACCUGCAAAGUUAUAUAUGCGGGACCCAUCUCUCAUUCCCGGGAAUGGGAAUAAUCACUUAUUUAGAUUAAAGAAGCCUGAUCUGUAUGCAUGGGGGGAGUAAGUAGGUCCUAACUUUAUAGUACAUUAAAUUAUUCCACAUUCCAAUUACAAAAUAGUAACGCUUCCUAAAAAUAAAGAACUAUAAAUUAUGCUAUACUUACCCCUCUGUACAUAAUAAUCAUCCUUGUCUAAUUUAAUACAGGAGUCAUUAUCCCUAUACAUAUAUACUUUAUUCUGGAUAAAAUAUUGCAGGUUAGGCUCACAGCUGAUUUAUGUUAAAAACCUAUAUCUGAAGAGUAAACAGUUAAUGAUUUUAAAAAGCAAAGCGAAAAUUGUUAAUUGAAUUGAAUUUAUAUUUUGGUUACACUAUUUGGAACAAAUACUAUUAUGAAAAGUUGUACAAAUAUUAAUAUGCGAGUAUAACUUGUAUUUGCUGAAUUAAAUGAUGAAUUUGAAAUGA